AGCAGAUCAUUGCAGCAGACCCCUUUAAAAUCUGUCACAGCCACUUCAGUCACUGAGACAGAUUUUUUUCUCAACAUUUAGGCACAUCAAGACCUCUGCAGGUGAGGAAAAUUUUAUACUUCCUCUUCAAAUAGAUCCAAGAAUGUGUAUUCUGUUAAAUGCAUUGUUUGUUUGGUGCUAAUCUACAAUUUCUUCUUUGUAGCAAAAGGGAAAAAGUUUGGAUUUGAUUGCACGCCUUAAAAAUCUGGAAAAAAAAUCAUCAUGUGGAUCAUGAAAAAGAUCAGAGAGAGCAUGGAGAGUAUUCCUCUUGAGCUGAGUCGCUACAUAGGAUUGAGUGAGGACGAAUUCUUCCUCAGGUCAAAGGCAAGUCUCUCUUAUAAUCUUCCUAACAACAUCCUCACACCAGACAAGAUCCCAGAGUUCUGCCUGCCGCCCCAGCUUUGUAAAAAAAACCUGCUGCAGGAAGUUGAGACGAGGGUCCUUCACCAGCACUUUCAGAUACCCAUGAGAAGUAUUUCUUCAAACACUAUGAAUGGAAAUAAAGAUGAUGUGAAGAGGAAGAGUGGGGGUAAAUCAGUCCCUGUGACCUCUACAAAGAAACCUCUGCCCUUUUCUGCAGAGGCAUAUGGUCUGGCUGGGAUAUACGAGCGUCCCAACACAAGAAGGAAAGAGUCUCUGUUCCACUCCAGGCGUCCUGUUUACAUGGUAGACAGAAGGAUUCCUACCCCACUACCAAAACUGGCAGAGGAGGGGAGCCAGGCUAAGAAAACUCUAUCUGGAUUCCUUCCUCUAGUUUUGUGCAAGAGCCUGUCAGAGACCAAGAGCUCAGAAAGUGACUUUUCUCCUCUUAGUUCCUCUCAUGCAAUCAAAUCCUCCACCUGCAGCGGCCGUCUGAAGGGAGCAACAUCCUGCCCCUCUUUGACUGACAACAGGGAGGACAGAGGGAACUGGCGGGAGAAGAGGGAAGCUAUAAGUUUAACCACCUCAACAUGUUAUCUUUCAAGCCCAGAGGGACACUCCCAGACCUCAGCCCUGUCUGUCCUCUUCCCUCCUCAGAGCCAGGAGAAACUUCAGCAAGAGUACGUCCUCUCUUUGCAGGGUCAAGGUAAAGUGCACCUCCUCGCAGAGCUCACCACACUGCCCAGUAAAACUAACUCAGCCUACUUCACAGUCAGAGUCCGAGUGAUGUCUGUAGAGGAAAUAAAUCACAACAGUGACCGACAUGCUCUGAACUGUGCGCUGAUUCUGUGUCUAACCCCUGGCAUGCUGCAGCAACAGGAGAGCACCACCAUCAGGAACUGCUUAAACCCUGUGUUUAAUGAAGACUUCUACUUUACGGAGCUCAGCAAAGAGGACCUGGUGAAACUGCAGCUCAGGUUAAAAGUGGUGAACAAACCUGCAGCUGCAGGGCUGAGAAGACGGACUGUGAUGGGAGUGAUCACCAGACCGCUGUCCCAGUUACUCCAGCUUAAAAGUUAUUUCAUGAAAAACUAAAUUUGGACAAUCUGACACAAGAUUUUAAGCCUCCUGUAUGUUUUUUUUCCAUUAUAUUUAUGAUUUUUUUGUACAAGAACUGAUAAGACAAAGCUUUAGGUGUAAUGUAAAAUAAUUGUUUUGGAAAAUAUUCCAGAUUUAUAAGAAUACUGGGGGACAAGGAACACGUUUUACAAGAUACAGUGUAGUUAUUACUUUUCUUAAUUUUUGCAGUCUAUCUCUUCCCCAAAGGUUUGUCAACCACUAAUUUAACUGUAGUGUGACAUAAAUAUGCUUUUGCUUGGUUUUCAAGCUGCUCUAUUCUGGAUCUGCAAGAGAGGAAAUUCAGAACUUUUGUUAAUUGUCCAACACCAUUCAUCUGUAGGUGUCCUAGGGAAUCAAACCUCAAUGUACAUGUGCAUAUUGACAUAUUUUAUUGUUUCUAUGUAUGUGCCAUUUGCUUUUUAUGCCACUCUUUUCCUCCUAUGUAAUCACAACUGUACUGUAAAUGUGUUCUCCUGCAAUCAGCAGUGCAGAAUCUUAAUAGCUUCAUUAUUGUAAAUGUGGUGCCUCAGUUUUAUACCCUUCUUGGUGAGUGUAAGUGCUAUGACUGACAAAUUGGAUAGCAUUUUUGUUGUUUGUAAGUUAUAUUAGCAAUUAGUGGAUGUUGUUUUAUCACCUCUAUAAAUAUUAAACAGAAAAAAUGUGUUA